AACCCAACUGUUCGGCCCUUAUCCAAGCUUGUUGGAAAAGAUUGAACAGGAGACGUGGAGGGAAACCGGAAUCUCGUUUGUUACCUCUGUCACAAGACUUGUUGAGCGAAUUCUGGAUUACAGGGACUGCAUGAAAGGAGAUGAGAUGGAGAACAAGAAAAUUGGSGGUUCUGUCAACCUCAUGAACUUCUAUAAGUCAGAGGUGAACAAGGAGGACAUGUACAUUCGUUACAUCCACAAACUGUGUGACCUCCAUCUCCAAGCUGAGGACUUUACAGAGGCAGCGUUCACCCUGCUGCUGUACUGGGAGCUGCUGCAGUGGGAGGACCGGCCCCUGAGAGAUUUCCUCCAUUACCCCUGUCAGAGUGAGUGGCAACGCAAGGAGAACCUGAGCCGGAAAAUCCUCCAUCACUUCAACAAGGGGAAGUGCUGGGAAUAUGGGAUCUCUCUCUGCCGGGAGCUGGCGUUCCAAUAUGAGACUUUAUAUGAUUAUCAGAGCCUCAGCUGGAUACGGAAAAUGGAGGCAGCUUAUUAUGACAACAUCAUCGAACAGCAGAGGAUUGAACCGGAGUUCUUCAGAAUGGGCUUCUAUGGCAGGAAGUUUCCUUUUUUUCUCAGAAACAAGGAGUUUGUCUGUCGCGGUUACGACUACGAGCGGCUCGAGGACUUCCAGCAAAGGAUGCUGGGGGAAUUUCCACAAGCCAUUGCCAUGCAGCACACUAACCUACCGGACGACACCAUCCUGCAGAGUGAUGCGCAGUACCUGCAGAUCUAUGCUGUGACUCCAGUGUCGGACAUCUCAGAUGUGCCUCAGCUGGAGCGCGUGCCCGAGAGGAUCAAGAGUUUCUACCGCAUCAACAACGUCAGUCGCUUCCACUACGACAGGCCCUUUCACAAGGGGCCCAAGGACCGCGAGAACGAGUUCAGGAGCCUGUGGAUCGAGAGAACAACCCUGAUCCUGUCUCGUCCUCUGCCCGGGAUCGCCCGCUGGGCUGAGGUGGAAAGAAGAGARGUGGUGGAGGUGAGCCCUCUGGAGAACGCCAUCUAUGUGGUGGAGAAUAAAACCCAGGAGCUGCGGACUUUGAUCAGCCAAUACCAGCACAGACAGCACCAUGGCAACAUCAACCCGCUCAGCAUGUGCCUCAACGGCGUCAUUGAUGCCGCCGUGAAUGGAGGCAUUGCCAGAUAUCAGGAGGCCUUUUUCGAUAAGGACUACAUCAGCAGUCACCCGGAGGACACGGAGAGGAUCACACAUCUGAAGGACCUCAUGCAGGAGCAGGUGCACAUUCUCGGAGUGGGGCUGGCUGUUCACGAGAAGUUGGUGCACCCAGAAAUGCGUCCUCUGCACAAAAAGCUUGUAGAUCAGUUCCACAUGAUGAGGACGGGAUUGCACCAUUUUAUGGUUGGGUCCCAGCAGUGUGUUCCCGGCGUUGAUCGGUUUGGCCCAGCAGGCUGUUCAGGGGUCAAYUCUCCCAGAGGCAUCCUCUCCUCCCACAACCACAUGAGUCCUGAGAGUGUGCGCCUCAUGCACAGACACAGCCCUCUGAACCUGCAGGGUUCCAUCCGCCACUCCUCCUCCUCCCUGUCCUCUCACACAUCGAGUGAGGCCGGGAACCUCGUCAUAAUGACCGACGGGCUGAUGGGCGAGCACCCCGAGGAGGCGUUACACAUGCAGCCAAGCCCAUCCUCCUCCAGUUUGAGCUCAAUCCGMUCUAAUUCUUCUCAGAUUAUCAACUCUGCUCCAUCAAGUGCCAGAGGCUCGCCGUCUUUGCCUGAUAAGGCCAAACACAACAGAGAAGUGAUGAUGCUUUUGCCGUCUCACCGCGAGAGAGCCAACAACAUGUACUACAACAUGGCAGAGAACGGACAGCAGAAUAACCACAUGCAGCGUGCCUUACCUCAGCAAGUUAGCCCCUGUAAGCCUUGUGCAGAUGUCCAUAUGACUCUACCAGAGAAGGUGUUUCCCAAUGCUUCCAGCAGCUGGAGUCUUGAUGGAGAAAACAGGGAACAGAUGUCCUACAUGUCAGCUUCUACUGGAGGCGUCAUUAUGCCUCCCGUGCCUCCCAGGUCCUUCCCGUCAGGACAUUUUAUGAUGCAUUGUGAUGCAUUUCACCACCAGAACAGUGACCCUCCUCCUACUUUGCCUGUUCGAUCUCUCCGAAAGUCUCCUCUCCACCCGAUCCCUGGCUCCCCCACCAGUCCUCAGUCGGCUCUGGGUGGCAGUAACUCCACUCUGUCAGGCAGCGCCAGCAGUGGCGUCUCCUCUCUGAGCGAGAGUAACUUUGGAGGUCAGUAUCCUGAUCCUGGUCCCAUCAGGAACGACGCCUUGGAGCCUCUUCCCAGUCACCUGUGGUCCCCACCUGAUGAGUACCUGGCCUCUCCUUACCUGCACAUGCACUACGGUGGACCGGAAAUCGACUCCAUGGACCCGGUUCGGCCCUUCCAUUACCGCAACCCGUCAUCCCACCCGCACACCCACACGCACCCUCACGCUCACACCCACUCUGGGCUUGACAGCCACACUCAUGGGCCUCCCCCCCACCACCACAUUCCUACUCACGGCCCUCACCACAUCUCCUACCGCCGGUCCCAGCCUCCGGCCGUGCCCCCCAAACCCUACCUGAGGGAGGGCUGCAUCCCCGAGGAAGAGCUGACGCCCCAGCCCAUCCCGCUGCCYCGCAGGAUCUUCCACUCCCCCCACGGCCACAGAGAGGAUGCGGGUAAACACGCCUGGGAGCAGUGCAUCAGCGAGGAGCACGAGGAGAAUCAGUGACGGGGGGGAGAAACGCUGCGAAGCUACAGCCUGAGGUCCGGCAACCGUCACCGCUCCGCGUGUGGUUUAAAAAAAAUCUUUGUUGAACAACGAGAUUGAUCAAAAGUUGAUAUUGAUUGUACACAACUGUACAACUUGUCUGUGAGCAUGUUUUUUUUCUUCCCCCAUUUGAAAAUAAUAUGAGAAGUGUUGUGGAACUGUUUAACCAUGAUCAUAGCCAACACGAUCCCAGGCGCAAUCUCAGCUCUGAACUCUCUUCUUGUUGCUUUUCAUGUCGUUUUCACAAACAAAGAAACUGCGGAAGGUCGUUGCUCACAGUCAAGUGACUUCUCUUGUUGAAAUGCUUCAUAUAUACGAAUAGUUAUUUUGAUAAAUUUGCUACAUUCUAGUAUUUUCAAAAUGCUUGAGCCCAUUCCGUUUUUUCAAAAACACUGUUAAGUGCUCCUUAAUAGUGAAUCAUAUCAAAUGGCGCACUGUAAUAUGUGUUGCUGCUGGGCUGUCAUCAAUCGCAGGUCUGUAAGUUUGAACUUGCAGCUCUCCCCUCGGACAUGAAGCGUCUGGAACUCUUUACCAUUUGUACCACGUGUAUGGACGCCUACGUGWAUGUAUUCAGAUGAGAUAGUCUAACCCGUGCUGCACAAACUGCAAAUCCCAGUUUUUUUUUUUUGUUGAAGUGCUUUACAGUCUCCACGUGUCCGUUUGAUGUGGUGAAGAUGUCUUGAGGAAUGAGAGUGUAGACUGGAUGGAAGGAGGAGGGGAUGAGUUCAGGACACAAACAUGUCCCACACUUUGUCAGCUUUCACAGUGAAUGAAGAACAUUACAAAAAAAAAAACUUCUUCGCUUCACACCUCAACCCACUGCUGGACUCUCAAAACCAAUGCCGCUGCUUCUAUCUUGGUUUCUCUCUCUUUUUCUCUCUCCAUCUUUUUUUUUUUUACUUCUCUGUGUGGCGUCAGGUCAGCAGCGUGGGCCGAACCUGGACAGCUGCAGCGGCGCUCGCUUGUACCCGAUGACUCCGCUUGCAGAGCCCACACAGACGGGGUUGMAGUCGCCUACCUGCCUUAAGUGCACUCGAAUGCAGUUUGACCUCUCAUCUGGACUCCCAUUCAGCCAUUUCCACUCUGACUACUGAGGGGAAAGAAAAAAAAAGUCUACCUAAUGAUGUUUUUAUAUGGUUUCAUCCUGCUUUGUCAUUUUGGAGAUUAAUAUUUCCCUUUCUUGCUCACCUUCUGUUGUUUGAAACUGAUGAUGUGUUUUAGGAGAACGCUGAAGGACGAACAGACAGAAAACAGAGAGGUUUAUCGUUUUAUUUUUAUUUGUGGAGUAGAGAAAACAGCGCUGGAAGGAUAUAGCUAAUAUUUUAACACUUACUUGUUUUCCUUUAUUUUUUGGGGUGGCAGGUGGAAGCUUUGUGUUGCUGUGCAUCAAGUUGUCAGCUGACUAGAGGAGAUCUAUUUUUGUAUGUGAGAUCAUGAGUUUGUGUGAGCAUGUUGCAGAAAYACACAGAAGGCCCAGGUACUGCAGAGGCUGCUGUACUUCAUAUGGAGUCGAGGUUAGUCGAUAGAUAUAUAUAUAUAUCAAGUUUGUGAGUAUCUCUGGUGAGUUUGACAGGACAACCGGUGACUGAAGUGAUACUCAGAAUAUAAGUACAAUAGAAUUUUUCAAUGUAAAUUCUGUUAUUGUACAUACAGCAGUAUUGUGAAAUAUUUUUGAGAAUUAUUGCAGAAGCCCCCAAAAAAGGUUUAUUGUUGUUUUGUGUAUAUACAUGUACUCAAGAGAUCAAUGUAAUUGAUAAAUACUUAUAAUCAGUGUUUGGGAAAGGACAAAUUCACUAGACUGUGGCUGUCUCCACCAUUCUUCUCAUACGGAUACUUUAUACACUUUUCAAUGUGCUUUCCUGUACAUAUGGUGUUAGCAUGAUCAAAAAGUGUUUGGUGGUAAAAGUGGUUUUCCUACUCCCAUAAAUGCUGUGGUAUGGAGUUCAUUAACAAUGCCAAACAUUAAAGACAAUCUUUUAUCAGCUCUAA